AUGGCUUUGAAACUCAAGGAUUGGUACAAAGACUUACUCACCCGCACAGUCGACCUAGUCGGCGACUAUGCAGGAAACGAGCUUUUCAUCAUCGAUGGUGACUCCAUCUUGCUGGACGUGUUUUCAAACAGCCAGCUUGAUUUUUGGCCGGGCUUCCAGCUGCUCCAUGCCGCUUAUCUCGUCGAGAAAUUCUUGCAUGGGCUUUACCAGCGAAAAUGCAGUUUCCACGUCGUGUUUUUCGACACCCAGGCUGAUUGUGUGAUCCCUCAUGCGUGUCCUGAAGAACGUCGAUUUCGAUAUCUAUGUGCCAGGCGGCUCUUGAUAGAGCAUCUGCAGCAGAACCUGAACGAUGAAUCAUCCUCUCACGAGGGUUUGAACGUGCAUGUAUUCAACUCAUACCGCUCGCCAGAAUUCGAUGACUAUUUGUCCUCUGUGAGACCAUAUUUUGUCAUGUGUCAUGACGGUGCGACUCUUGGGCUCUCUAAAUCGUCGCCUGUCAAGACCAGCCUCCGGAAGAUGAUGAAUUGGUUCAUGCAGAAAACUUACAACAUCGCCUUGAUCAGCAAUCUAGAGUUUCGGGAUACAAAGGUGAUGGCUAUGAUCCUAGAAGGAUCAGCGCUAGAUGCGAAACUUGUUUCGGCGGAUGAUGCUCAACCAGCAGCCGAAGAGUGUGUUGUUGACAAUGAGAGCAUUGCAAAUAUAUUUGCACAUGUACCCGUAUCAGAACCCCUCACUCAUAGUGAACUUCUUACUGUCUCGACGAUUAGCUACAUGUUUCAUGCCGGCGCUGUGGGUGAAUCAUGCAUCCCCGAAGCUCGAGCAAUGCUGCUUCACUGUAUUCUUCUUCGCAAAUUCCGCCUCUCUGACCGGGCUACCGAUAUGCCAGAAGAUAAAGGCGCAAACGAUUUUCUCUGCAAAUACUUUCGGAGUCUGUACUCGAUUCUGAAAUCUUCACCCUGGCAAGGAAUCAUGGAGCAAAGCAAAGGACUGUGCGAUCUUGGUGAUUGCAUCGAUGGGAGGUUGUUUCAUCAUGUUCUUCGACAGAUCCAAAACCCAGACUUUUGGCAUACCUUACAUCCUUCAGUCAAAAAGGAGUUUUAUGGGCUUCUUUCCAUUGUCCGCGAAGUCGUGAAUAUCGACCUACCGGACAAGGGGUCACUUAAGCCAGUCACACCAAGCAAAGUACUGCCACGCGAUCCUCACGAUUCAGCCAAACCACUAGUCUCGGUCAACUCGACAGUCCUGCCUUUUAAACAUCCCGUGUUUGACCCACAUUUGGAACCCAUAAGCCUGGAUAUUGACUAUAGGGAGGUAGAGGUACCACCAAAUCAAUCCGUGGUGUUCACGGAACUUAAAUACUGGAACACCAACAAGCGUGAGAACCGCUGGAAAAUCCGAGAGCCUAUACCAGAAUACAUCAAAGUCAGAUUGCAGAAACGGAACCAGUAUUUUCUGACAGAUAUGCAUCGGUACGCCGCCAGUUUGACCAAUACGACAGGCGGAGAGCUUCACCCUGACACCAUCCAUGUCAGUACAGCCAGUUCAAAAAAGGCACAAAAGGCACAAAAGGAAAAGAGCUCUGGAAAACACCGUGUGGUUUCUAUGGCCACUGCAUCGCUUGCGGAUAAACAAGCACAGAAGACACAGUCUUCUACACGAGCUUUGAAAGACAAGAUUACAGAGUUCCAGCUUGACCCCAGUUUCGAAAGUCGGUACGAAAAGAUAAAACUGUACCUAAUGUCCCUCUCAAAUGAAAAGCGGUCGGUGCAGGAACCAGAGUUGAUGGUUUACAUGGUUCACAACCUGGUACAAAUCUGGAUAAAAUGUUGCAAAGAGCAGAAAAAGGCCGAAUCGAUGCACAUUGCUACGCUCAUCUGGAAGACUGUCACUGAGCUCGUUAAGAUCCAAGCAAAUGUCACGACAGAAAUGUCAAUUUGCAUAAACCGUGUUAUUGAGGCACUUAAGCUACCGCAAAUCUCAUUACGAGGACACGAGACCAGAAAGCUAUCGUUUGAAUUUGUCGACAUGGGACUUUUGGACCUGCGUAUUGACAUGACAACUCACGAAUUUGUACUUAUGCAUGCCGGACCCUACAUGGACCGCAGCAUGGCCUCAGCUCAAGACCCCCGGGUUGUUGAUUUCCAGCCAGACGAAUGGCAGCGCAAAGUGCUCGAUCAGAUUGACGCCAAAAAAAGUCUUUUUGUGGUUGCCCCAACAAGUGCUGGAAAAACCUUUAUAUCGUUUUACGCCAUGAAACAAAUUCUUCAGGCCGACGACGACGGGGUCAUUGUUUAUGUUGCUCCUACAAAACCAUUAGUGAACCAAAUCGCCGCUGAGAUUCAGGCCCGUUUUUCAAAAACUUUCAAAUACGGCGGCAAAUCUGUUUGGUCUAUCUACACUAGAGACUACCGCAUCAAUAAUCCGACGAGCGCGCAGAUUCUGGUCACGGUGCCACAGCUACUACAGAUCAUGCUAUUGGACCCUUUGAAUGCAAAGACAUGGUCCCCGAGGGUCAAACGUAUCAUCUUUGAUGAGGUCCACUGCAUCGGACAGUCAGAAGAGGGCGUUGUUUGGGAGCAGCUACUUCUUCUUGCGCCAUGCCCAAUCAUUGCACUCUCUGCAACCGUGGGAAACCCAGAAAAGUUCGAGGAUUGGCUUAGCUUUGCGCAGAAGGCAAAUGAACACGAAUUGUCAAUGAUCAAGCACCCACACAGAUACUCUGAUUUGAGAAAAUUUGUCUACUGCCCGCCUGAGAGAUUCUCUUUUAAUGGACUUGCACCUGCAUUUGCCCAACUGAAGCCGUUGGGUCUGGACAACUGCCCUGACAUGUCUUUCGUCCAUCCGGUCAUUAGCCUCUUGGAUCGCUCGAGGGGAAUACCUGAUGACUUGAGCCUCGAGCCUCGCGAUUGUCUAUCGCUUUGGAAGGCGAUGAAACAGCAUCAGACACCGGAGUUCCCUGUUUCCGAGUCCCUUGCUCCUCCGAAGUCUUCUACUAUCCGCAAAGUCGACGUUAUAGAGUGGCAGCAAAAGCUAAAGGAGGUUUUGAAAAUCUGGAUGGAUGAUCAGAAGUCUCCUUUUGUUGAGUUACUGGAGGAGCUGGAAAAGCCCAACGAGAAGGCGAAACGCACACCAAUGCAGGUUUCCAUGCAUGGAGAAGAAAAUUUGGUCGAGCCAUAUGAAGUUGAUGAAGACAAUCUGCUUAAUACCACGCUGCCUCUGCUCUGUUCGCUGCACGACCAAGGUGCACUCCCCGCGAUACUGUUUAAUUACGACCGCGGAGCGUGUGAGAAAAUCGCGGUGUGUCUUUUGAAGCAGCUAGAAGAAGCAGAGGCGGCUUGGAAAUCAAGCUCCAAAGCGUGGAAGGCGAAGAUAGAGGGCUGGGAAGAGUGGAAGAAAUCCAAAGAGAAACGAUUCAAGAAAGAAUCAAAAGCCACUAAGCGAGGUGCUCCUAAAGAUGGAAUGACCAAAGACGAGCAAAUUCGUGACGCCGCAUCGUCGGAGACAAGUGUCUAUGAAUCUUUCGACCCUGAAGUUCUUGCGGAUAGGUUUCAUUUUGCGAAUUUUAAGAAACUUACCCAUGACGAGUUUCGGGAAUACGCUGAAGAGCUGACAGAUCGGGGGGUUCCUCAAAAAUUUAUUGAUGCUUUGAAGCGGGGAAUCGGGAUUCACCAUGCUGGUACCAACAGAAAGUACCGCCAGGUGUGUGAGAUUCUGUUCAGAAAAGGCUACUUGAGUGUUGUCGUCGCCACUGGAACUCUCGCUCUUGGUAUCAACAUGCCAUGCAAAACCGUCGUGUUCUCGGGUGAUUCUAUCUACUUGACUGCUCUGAGCUUCCGCCAGGCCGCCGGUAGAGCUGGGCGGCGUGGUUUUGACGUUUUGGGGAACGUGGUUUUUCAAGGAGUCCCUCGUGGAAAGUUGUGUCGGUUGCUGAGCUCCCGACUGCCAGAUCUGAAUGGGCACUUCCCCAUUACGACAAGCUUAGUACUGAGGCUUAUGAUACUGCUUUCCAAUUCCGGCCAGAGUGCAUACGCAAAGAAUGCCGUCAAAUCAUUGCUUUCAUCAUCCAGAAUAUGUCUCGGCGGAGAAGAGGCAAGACACACCAUCCUUCAUCAUCUACGGUUCUCUAUUGAAUAUCUGCGUCGCAAUAACCUCUUAGAUGCAAAGGGAACCCCAUUGGAUCUUGCCGGUGCCGUUGCUCGUCUUCAUUAUACGGAAAACUCGAGUUUUGCAUUCCAUGCGUUGUUUAGCAACGGAUAUUUCCACUCGCUUUGCAAGGGCAUAAAAGAUGAACCAGACGAUACUCUUGUUGAGAUGAUGUUGGUUAUGUCUCACCUUUUUGGACGUUUCCCUCUUGCUCAGUCCGUGCUCGAAGCCCACAAGAGCGCCUACAAGAAAUCAUCCUCUCUCGUUGUGUUACCUCCCUUGCCUGGUCAUGCUCGGGGGAUACUUCAGGAACAUAAUAGAAAAACGCUUCAGAUCUACGCCGGGUACGUGUCGACAUUUGUUGACCAGCACGUGAAAACAGAAGACUCUGUGCUUCCGCUCAGUCACUUGAAAUGCGGUGGAAAUCAGUCCGCGCAAGAGGUGAGCCCUGGCUUGCCUAUGAAUUCUCCUGUACGAGUAAACUCUGCAUUUGUUGCCCUCUCUGGCCAUCACGACGGCCAAUGGAAAAGCAUAUCUGAGCUAUGCGACAUGGUGCGCAGUGGAGUUUGGUUAGAAAAGGCCGUGGUUCCCUACGUCGGUGAUUUCCAGGAGCAGAAUGGCACUUUUCUCAACGCGUAUUUGUACGACUUUUACCGCCAUGGAAAUCAGAAAGAAUUGAUUGAUGCAAACAGAGUCAGAAGGUCGGAUCUUUGGUUUCAUCUCCAUGAUUUUUCGAUAAUUCUGUCAGCAAUUGUCAAGAGUAUUGAGGACCUUUUGGGGGCUUCCUCAGAGGGUGUUGACAUGGAUUUUGCGCAAGGUGGAGAAGAGACUUAUCAACAGGCUGUUGAAGAUGCUGCGUUGGUGACUGAAGACCAAGAAAUUACAACUCAGAAAGUUCCAGAAACGCCAAAAGGAGGUGGCUUGCCCGCUACCGCGAAGAAGCCAAAAUCCAAGAUAGUCGACAGCUGGGAGGACGAUACUAGCGAUGAUAGCCAGGACGGAAACAAAGAGGAAGAAGUUGGAGCGGAUGACAACAGCGAGGGAGGUGGUCUUGACUCUGAGAAACACCGGGAUGAGUCUUUAGUUAAUGUUCUCCGGGCUUUCACGAUGCUCGCGAGCAGCGGUUCCUGCAUCGCUCAGAUUGCCAUGGCUAGCGAAACCGUCCAAGACGUGGAGGAUAUUGUCCUCCCAGCAGAUCUGGAAGAAAGAGCCAAUGCUCAAUUCGAUGACAUGGUCAGCAAAGGACGCAUUUUCUACGACCAGCAGACCGAGCCAGGCGAGGUGUUUGUGGACGAUGGGUUUUUGUUUGAAUUUCGCAUCGUGCCUAUUCUAAAAGGAAAGCCGAUUCUGGCACCAGAUGAUCCAGGGCGCAGCCACUCGCCCACCCCGGCCACUACGCCUCGGGCAUCCACGCCCGUCACAUCAUCCAAACCAUCACUCUCCAGCCCAGCAACCUUGAGUAGCACAGGUCCGACAACAGUAUCUCACAAGGGCCCCUUUGUCAACCCCAAGCCAGAUGAAAUCGUCCUCGACAACGUUGGGCCGAAACACCGGCUGAUGCUGAACAAGUUCUGUCUGUAUCGGCCCAUGCUUGUUCUCCCCACGAAAGAGUUUGCUCUACAGUCUGAUGACUUGGACUCGCACGACAUUGCAGCCACGUGGGCCCUUGUGAAUGCGUACCAAACCUUUGAGCCGCUGAUUAUCUACAACCGUGGCGUCAACGGGGGCUCCUCGCAAGGCCAUAAACAUCUGCAGCUAUUUCCCGUGCCGCCUCUAGAGCCGUAUUUCGGAAAGGCAGAUUCGAUAUGGCCGGCAAAGGCUACAUCUUCAACCGAGGUGGCAGACCGAAUUCCCGGUGUCCCGUUCAAACAUUUUGUCUUGCGGAUACGGCCGGGAACCAAGGCGCGAGAAGUGAUUGACAUGCACCAGCGGCUCUUGGAGUUGACGCGCAAGGCACAUGUUGAAGCCGGUGGUAGUGCGGAUGGGGAUUAUAAUGUGACCAUGACCAAGGAAUGGAUUGCAUUGAUCCCGCGCACUACGGUCGGGCCGGCCGAUGGGCCGUUUGGUACGAGUACUGUUGGGAUGUUGGGUAUGCCUGGUAUCAGAGAUGAGGUCGAUAGGCAGAAAUGGAAAGAGCUGGGGAAUGCAAAGUACUUAGCCAGACUAGGGAUUCCGAUUUAG